AUUAAUAAUGAAUUAAGUGCCCUAAACUCUCCUAACUGACCGCUGUAUCCUCUCGUCCCGAGAUCUUGGUUGAUCAAUGAAAACUCCACAUUCAAUAUUCGUCUUUAUCAUAUAUUCGCAUCGUGUGUCUCGUCAGUCUUGGAAAAUCGCUUCGUCAAGACAUUUUAUUCUCGUCUCUCUCUCUCUCUCUCCCAUUUUUUUAUACUUUUUUUCACGACGAAGAACAUGUAUCAACUUUGCGACAAGAUAGAGUGAGAGACGACAUGUACGUGCACCGUCGCGAUCAUGCGUAUUGAAUGUGGAAGAAAUCACUGUCAUCCACAUUCAGUUUCUACCUUCUUCAUUUUCAGUUCUUCGCUCAUCAUUCUCUAACGUCACGAAAUUCGUCUAUAAUUCGUAUAACGAAGGCGAAAGCUUUUAUUGCACACAUUUACCUACAGUUGGCGGAGGAAUUGACGCAAGAAUACGGAAUCCCCGAAGAUGUCUCCGCCAAGGUAACGGCCGUGUUUCUCAAGCAAUUCAGAAAAUGCCCGGACAACGCGACCUGCACGUUAGACGCUUGGCGCACCAUUUUGUGGAGCAAGGCCCUCGGCGACAAGUACUCGCGCUUUGCGAGGAAGGUUUACGAACGAUGGCUGUAUUUAAGAUAUCAUUAUAUGGUACUGACACCGGCCACCGUGUCGAUGCUGCGGCAGCUGAGGAAGAAGUAUCUGCUGGGGCUGAUCACCAACGGCCCGUCGAAUGCACAGUGGGAGAAGGUGCGCAAGCUGUCGCUGGAGCAGUACUUCGAUAUCAUCCUGGUAUCGGGUGAUCUCCCGUGGGAGAAACCGGACGUUGAGAUAUUCCAGAAGGCCUGCGACUUGCUCAACGUCAGACCCAAGGAGUGCAUCAUGGUCGGCGACAAGCUGGAGACCGAUAUUCUAGGUGGUAUCGAGGCUGGACUCUGCGGGACCGUGUGGAUACCCACCGCAGACAAGCCUCGUCUCUUGGGAGGAGACCCCAAGCCAAACUUUACAAUAAGACACGUGACGGAACUCAUGCGCAUAUUAGACAGAGGUCCCAAGGCGCCGGAGCUCGAAGACUGCUCUUCAAACGCGUCCGAUGGCAGCUAAUGGGCAGUCGUUGAAGCGUAUCAAGCCAAUUUUCUCUCACACCGUAAGACUCGACGCUCACGAGCAAAAAUGUAUGCCUUUCCGAUUCUGGUUGCAUUACAUUUCUCUCGCGAACGUGCAAUGAAUGUACGUUUUGUUUGUUACCUAUUUUACAGUAACAUUCAGGCAUAGGCACUUCGACAUCUAUUAUUUUUCUUUCUUCUAUAUUACUGUUUUCUUCUUGUUUUGACCCUUUUGAAGUUUAUCACGCGGAAUAGCUCCGUAGGUUUUCGCAAAUUUCUCAGCGGAGAAUGAAGCGUGUAAUUACAACGUACUCAUGUUGAGUUGCGAAGCAGUAGUCCUAUUCGUAUGACGCAAAGGAAUGCAAAGUAUAACGCAACUGAAAUACAAAUUUAUUUUUGAUUGUGUGCACGCGCGUGUAUGUGAGUGCGUGCGUGUGCGUGUGUGUGUGUGUGUAAACGUUUUUUCUUAUAGGUAGCUGUAUACGCAUAGUUAUCAUAGUUAAUUUCCGAUAGCCGAUAUAUCCGCAAUGAGAUAUUACUCUUUAGUUACCUUCUUGAAGCUAAACUAAACGUACCUCAAUGUAUAUCGGGUGAAGAAGACGGAACACAUGUACAAAACCACGUGCACAAGCAGAGCCAGUAGACGUAGCGUAAACGAACAAAGUAGACUCUAAUAAGGAGACACCACAUACAGCUGUUUUAUCCGCUUUGUGUAACUUAAAGACGCGCUGUAACAUACGUACGAAAGGAUAAUACGCUCGCACGGUGACGUAUCCGUAUUGUGAACCUCCUGUUGUACAAACACGUGACACUUUGUAUACCGGUACCUGUACUUAGGUAUGUACAGAAUGUUGUAUAUGCGCGAGACAUGAAUGUGUACAUGACGUCUAUUUUUUCACCGUAUGUAUAUUCCGUCUGCCAGGGGAGGAAUGUGGGAGAAUUCAGUGUAUAUGUAUGGAAAUUCUAUGAACGCGACGAGUCCUACAAAUGUCUCACCAGUACGUGUGCGUAUUGUGAAGUGAAGCAAGUGAAAUCAGGGUGUAAUAAAAAUCUAUAUGAACGAGAUCACCGGAA